UUGGAGGAGAGAGUGAGAGACGCAUCCGGGGAGAUGGUGAGCUGUGUUGAGUGGAAGUCGGUGGAUGAGUCGCAUUUUAAAUCACGGACUCCACUGUUCGUCUGAAGACUGUUACUUGGCGUGCAGCUUUGCGGGGGUUUGUUUAUUUUAUCUUCUUUAUGUUUCUUAUGUAUUUAUUUGUCUCGCCCGUGUUUUUCCCGGGUUGAUGCUCCUGCACGUUUUUGACGCGCAGCCACAGGUUGACCGAUUUAAUCCAGUCACCAUGGAUUAUGAUCCCUCCUCUUCAUCUCGUGUCGAUUGCCACUGACAGUAUCGAAAUGGGCACCGUCCACAGAUCAGAGAUGACAGAAACAAAGUGAUCACACCUAGAGAGCAGACCCGGAGGCAGCAUCUGUGAGGAGCGACGCGCAAUCUCGAGAAACAAGCGAGGACCUGUGGAGGAGCCACAUGAAAGGAGGCGAUUAGAUGAUGGGAUGGCCGUGACAACAUGAAAAAGAAAAAGUGUGGCGGUCUAUUUUCAUCCAGCCAGUGAUUCAACACACAACUAACCUGGAGGACAGGGACUGAGGGAGAAGAGGUAGGAGGAGACAGGUGUGUGGCCACAGCUGUGACCAUGGAGCCUCCCCCCUCUUUGAGCUUGGCUCUGCUAGGAGGCAGUGAGGAUGAGGAGCAGCGCCUCCUCUUUCCCCUGGGCAUCAUAUCCCAUCCCUCCAGCACAGGCAACCAGCCGGGAUCAAACCACUCCAACCACAUGGGAGGUUCAAGCCUCGACCGCCUAAAUGGCAGCACCCCAUCCCCCGCCACGCCCAACUUACCUCCAGCAUCGCUCCCUAAGUUACCCAUGUCCUCCUCUGGAGUUCAGCCACUGCCCCCUCCCAUCCCCAAUGCCCUGCACCCCACCAGCACCCCGUUGUCCUCCUGCUUGGGCUCACAGCACAGCCUGAGCGGGGACAACUCCCCAAUCUACAACGCCCUUUUUUACUCCUCCCACUCACCCUCCAUGGAACGGGAGAGGGAUAGAGAUCGAGACAGGGACAGGGAGCGAGAGAGAGGGUGCAAGCACAGACAGGCCAGCCCUCUGGUUCAUCGUAGGGACAGUAACCCUUUCACAGAAAUUGCCAUGAGCUCCUGCAAGUACACAGGUGGUGUCAUGAAGCCCCUGAGCCGCCUCAGCGCCUCCCGCAGAAACCUCAUAGAAUCAGACAGCAGCAGUGAAACCAAAGAGGGUGGUGUUUUAGCUGUUGCCGGAGCAACGGCCACUGGGGGCCAUGACCGACCAAGGGAGGCCCCUCCCACUUACUCUGUGUCCCAGUCAUCCACCAAUCAACCCCCAAUCCAGAGCCCUCCAGAGAUUGUGAUUUCAUCCAAGGAAGACUUGCCAUACCCCAGAGGAGGCUAUGACAUCACUGACUCCUCAUCUAACCAGAUGUCCAUCUACCACCAGAAUCACACGUUGGUGGAGAGCAGGCGGACACAGUCAGGGGGGAGGAGCAGCAGGCAGGGAGGGAGUGGAUCUACAGGCACCGGCGCCAGGGGCAGCACAUCCAAGGCCCACAAACGAAAGAACCAAAAUAUUGGCUAUAAACUGGGGCAUCGGAGGGCAUUAUUUGAAAAGAGGAAGAGGCUAAGUGACUAUGCCCUCAUCUUCGGAAUGUUUGGAAUCGUUGUCAUGGUGAUUGAGACGGAGCUGUCAUGGGGCGUGUACACAAAGAGUUCCAUGUAUUCUCUGGCCCUGAAGUGUCUGAUCAGCCUGUCCACAGUCAUACUGCUGGGCCUCAUCAUCGCCUACCAUGCACGGGAAGUUCAGCUGUUUGUCAUCGACAACGGAGCAGACGACUGGCGCAUUGCCAUGACGAUGGAAAGGGUCCUGCUGAUUGCGCUGGAGCUGCUGGUGUCUGCGGUGCAUCCGGUGCCCGGGGACUUCAAGUUUCAGUGGCGGGCGCGGCUGGCCUUCUCGUAUGCACCGUCACAGGCGGAGGCUGACCUGGACAUGGUGCUGAGUGUGCCCAUGUUCCUGCGCCUCUACCUCAUCGCCAGAGUCAUGCUCCUGCACAGUAAACUCUUCACCGAUGCCUCCUCCAGGAGUAUAGGUGCCCUAAAUAAGGUGCAUUUUAACACCCGGUUUGUAAUGAAAACCCUCAUGACUAUCUGCCCUGGGACGGUGCUGCUGGUCUUCAGCAUCUCUCUGUGGAUCAUCGCUGCCUGGACUGUGCGAGUGUGUGAGAGGUAUCAUGAUGCUCAGGACGUGACCAGUAACUUCCUGGGAGCCAUGUGGCUCAUCUCCAUCACUUUCCUGUCCAUCGGUUAUGGAGACAUGGUUCCGCACACCUACUGUGGCAGAGGAGUCUGUCUCCUCACAGGAAUCAUGGGUGCAGGCUGCACAGCUCUGGUGGUUGCCGUGGUAGCCAGGAAGCUGGAGCUGACCAAGGCUGAGAAACACGUACACAACUUCAUGAUGGACACGCAACUCACCAAGAGGAUAAAGAACGCGGCGGCUAACGUGUUGAGAGAGACCUGGCUCAUCUACAAACACACAAAGCUGAUGAAGAAGAUCGACCACUCCAGGGUCCGCAAACACCAGCGGAAGUUCCUUCAGGCGAUACAUCAGUUGAAUCAACGCUGAUAAUCAGAUGAAGUGCAUGAAUCCCUAGUACACACACACAUACCCACAAUGAAUCAUCAUCUGCUAAAGAGCAGGUUCACUACAUGCAGAUACAGGUGUGGGCCUGGACUGCGUGUACGAUUAGAGAUACUUUGAACAUCAGAAAAAUACAAAUAAACAGAAUUACGGAAGUAGAGGUUUUGUGUGUAACAUUUAGUAUGUUUGCAUGUGUAUGGGUAGUUUGGUUUACUACCCACAAGUGUCGAAUGUUUUUUGAAUAAAAAUUCCCUUUUUUUUGUAGCCUUAGAAAAAUCCUUUCACACACACAAGAGUCUUGCUUUGUGGAGGCAAAAUCCUGUUAAAGCCGUGUUUAAACAGGUUUUUAAACAGUGUGAAUAGAGUAUUUAUUACAAUCUGCAGUCUCAACAUUAGAUGUCAUGAAUUCCAACACACUAGACCUUUAAACUCCAUAUUGAAACGUCAAAACAAUGCAACAUAAUAUAGCAACACACUGGAACAGUAUUGUUUGGUUAUAUUUGAACAGUUACAACUGACAGUGAGAGGCUGAAGUUUUGCUUUGCUAAAGUGUUUCCCUGAAGCCACUUGUCAUUUGUUUUUGCUUCCUCCUUCCAACUGGAACAGUUCACUCUAGAGUUGAAACCGUUAUUAAGUGCCUUGAAAAGAUUGUGUCAAGAGACUCUUUUAAGGUUAAUCUUGAAGCAUGACUGGCUGACAGGCUGAUUUCAUGGGGAUAUGAGCACAUUUUCUGAUACAAAGCUGUGAGACAACCUCAUCUGGAGGUGGAGCAUUACAAAAUCAGUCUGCAGUUCACUUAAAUGGAAAAAGCCAUUCAUGAAAACACACAUUAGAUCUCACUAAUUGUUUUAUUGAGUUUACAGAGUUAUCCAGGUCCAAUCUUUAAUUAAACCGAAGGAAAAUCUAUUUUAUUUUAGGCAACUGCUUAAAUUUUUUUAUAUUUUAUUUGAUUCCCUUAAUUGUUUCCUUAAGGUUUAUGAGUACUGCUAAGGUUCAUGAAUAUUAAUGACCUUGUUUGUUUACUCUAGUGCUUAAGGUCACAGUCUACGGUAAUUACGUGUGUAUAUUUUUUUUACCAACAUUACAAAAUUGCCAUGUUUCAGAGCACAUAGUGCAUUCAUAUCCAGUGACACCCUGCAGGUAGAAAUGAGGCAGAAUUUGGCAAGGUGACCGCUCCACUGUGUCGCUGUCUGGACCUGGAGGGAACAGCGCUCUGUACCAACCCCAAUCUAUUUAGCAGGUUUCAACUUUGUGUGUACGUCUGUUUGUGUUUGU